AUGCCUCCCAAGAAGACCGAGGGCGCCGCUGCUGCCCCCAGCAAGAAGUCCACCCACGCCAGCUACCAGGACAUGAUCACUGAUGCCAUCGUUGCUCUCAAGGACCGUAACGGAUCUUCCCGCCAGUCCCUGAAGAAGUACGUCAAGGCCAACAACCAGAUCAACACCGUCAGCGACAACAUGUUCGACUCUCUCUUCAACAAGGCCCUUCGCGCCGGUGUUGAGAAGGGUGUCUUCGAGCAGCCCAAGGGUCCCUCCGGUGGUACCAAGCUCGCCAAGAAGGCUCCUAAGCCCGCUGAGAAGAAGGCCCCCGCGAAGAAGGAGGCCAAGGAGCCUAAGGAGAAGAAGGCUGCUGCGAAGAAGGAGACCAAGGAGCCCAAGGAGAAGAAGGCUGCCGCUCCCAAGAAGGCCGCCGCCAAGAAGGAGACCAAGGAAGCCAAGGAGCCCAAGGAGAAGAAGGCCGCUGCCCCCAAGAAGGCUGCUGCUGAGAAGAAGGAGAAGAAGCCCGCCGCCAAGAAGGCUGCUGCCGCCAAGGAGGAGAAGCCCGCCGUCCUCAGCAAGACCAAGACCGGUCGUGUCACCAAGACAGAGAAGAAGGCACCGGCCACCAAGAAGGAGGCAAAGGAGCCCAAGGAGAAGAAGGCCGCCGCUCCCAAGAAGGCUGCCGCCCCGAAGAAGGCAGCGCCCAAGAAGGCCGCCGCCGACAAGAAGGAGGCCAAGGCUGAGGCUCCCGCUGCCACGGCAUAA